UGCAAAACCUGCAGAUAAUACUCUGUAAAGUUCUGCCACAUGUACAAAUCAUUCAUCAGUGCGCACUUGCAUGACUGAUGCUGAUGGAAUGCAGAUAGGCUACUUAGCAGAGUUUACAAGCUACAGAAUAGGUUAUUCAUCUUUACUGGUUUCAAAAAAUUCUGUCUCAAGCAGCUUGACAAAUAUUUUCCUGAACUUCCAAGAAUUGCUAAUAACUAUGCUUAAAUGAGUAACAUAAUUCAUAAUUUCAUAAACAGUGUGUGUGAUGGGAGCCUUGGUCUUGAGAUAGCAUGAGCUCAUCGGAAGUAAGUUUGGUUGCUUCACUGCUGGUUUUUUAAUCUGCUUUUAACAUUAAUAUUAAACAUUGAUAAAUAUUUAAGAAUUUGAAACAGGAAAAUUGCCUGAGAGGAUGGAGGUGAACAGGACUCCAAUUGUUAUAUUUAUUAAAUGCAUUUAUAAAAUAAGACUUGGAAGUUUUACAUAGCAUAAAAUUUGGUAAACCCAGAUCUUGAAAUUACUGUUGAAGUUAUUGGCACUUGUAUUAGUAAACAGAAGUAACAGUGAGUAAUAUUUGAAAUGUUUUAGAUAUAUUAGGUCCGUGUAAGUUUCACGGUAGUGUUCAUUACCUGUGGUAAUCACCAAGGCAGAUUUCAGAACUGGGAUGAUAUUUUUGUUUUGGUUAAACAAAUCAAACAAAUUUAAAAAAAGAACCCAGAUCAAAAUUUUGAUGUCGUACAGCUAAUGUCUCCUCAGGUCUGAGGUCAGGCCCCACCACUACACCAGAUAAAGAAAUCUGAGUUGUCAUCCUUCUUUUCCUGCUGGAGAGACGUAAACCAAUUCAGGGUGCAGGAGAGACUGAUGUGGGUCUUUGACUUGACGUCCUCUGCAACCCGUUUGUCCUGCUUGCCUCAGCGGAGGCUAUCAACCCUUCAGGAGCACUGCAGCGUUAGGAUUGAUGUAUAUAUUAGCACAGCUCCAAAAAAGUCGAGUCCAAGACUUGAUAAGUCAUGUAAAAAAACUGGUUUUGGCUUGCGUUUAUCGGAAGGGAAUUUCCCAUUCAUAAUGGGAGAGUGUUUUGCUUGUCAGCAUGGAGGCAUGUUCGGUGCCUUUGGGCACAGUGCUUUUGAGGGGAUUAAAGAUGGGCUCCUCUUUUACCUGCUGGAGACAGCCCUCUUCAAGGAGACUGCAAACAGACUGACCUUUUAACAGUAUUCCUUCCUUGUCUUAGUGCGAAUGUCAGCCAGGAAAAACUGGUUUGAUGCCUCCUGGAUGUCAGUGUUAUCAGUUUAAUAGCUAAAAGAGGCCGUCUUGAGCAGCCACGUCAUAUUUUUAACUGCCUUACUCAGCUGUUGCAGAAGAGAAAGCCCUUUAAGUAGGACACCAAGUCCUACUGGGGAACCGCUGCACAGCCAUGCCAGCAGCCACGGGGGUACGUUUGGCUGGGUAGGGGUCCCACUGCUUGUGGGCCUUUCAGAGUGAACAGGCCACUUGCCCUGAUGCAUUGCUUCCCCGCUCAAAAAGAAAAUUUCAUCCUUUUUGUCAACUUUCUUAUUUAGAACCGUUGUAUUUUGCAUCUCAUAGACUUUGGGUUAAUUUUAGUAAAAUUUCUCCUCUGCUUUUAAAUUUUGUUUGUAGUAACGCAGCACAAAAAUUAUGAUUAGGUCAUUAACCAGAAAAAACCCAGUGCUCAUCUGCAGGUGAUCAGAUGACAUCAGAGGCCUGGUUUUAAUUUGUGGGUAGUUCUGAUUGUAACUAAAAGAGACUCGUUCCUUUUGUGGAAUUGGCUGGCUAUUUCCCCACAUCUGGAGUUAAUGAAGUCUUUGAGACCACAUCAGUUGUGUUUUGCCGCAAGAACCCUUUGAUCUGAAAAAUCUAGACUGGCACAAGUGCAGCUUCAUAACAUUGCAGCUAUGUUUUUGCAAGCUAUAGUUAAGAUACCAAAACAAGCAGAAACUAUAUGAAGUUAUGUGUCUGUGCUAAGACUUUCAUGUAGCUGUUUGGAAGGGCCUCUUUUACAUUUAUAUAAUUCAUAACAUUUUUAUUAUGUUAAUGGCUUGUACGUACAUAUUUGUAAAUUAUACAUUUGUAGGAGUUUUUAAUUCUCCUUUUGAGAUAGUGUUUAAUCAGUUUUUAUAAAUCACUCAAUUAUGUAAAAUGUUGAAAUUUCAGUCUGAAGCUUGUAUUUACAAAUCUCAUCGAUAACAUUGCAGUUUAAAAGAAGUAGAAUUUGUCACUGUAGGUGACUUUGCAUUAAUCAGUGUACAUCUCCAUGGCAGUGCUAAAUAUCAUAAAGCUUUGUUUCCGCUGCUGUCCUGUGACAGUGAUAGAUUAUCCAUCAGCUAUAGCAUAUGCUGUGUUAUUCUGCACAACAGAGAACUUGUAAAUUAAGCCCGGUUUUACCUAAUAUGUUUGCAGUCUUAUGAGUGCGAGUAUUUACAAUUUGACAGAGUGACAUUUCUGUUAAAAUAUGUCCCAGGCAUGGAAUAUACAUGCAUUCAUCAUAUAGCGUAAAUACAUAUGUACUGCGAACAUUGCUCAGGAUGUAUUGUCAUUCUGUCACUCAGGUCUGGUAAGCAUCUCUAUUUUACGUCUAUUCCAUAAACUGAAAAAUUUCGAGUAAAAUAUUGAGCAGCUUUCCGAAAAGCUUUCUUUCCGAAAAAAAAUGCAUUUGUUUUCAAUAAAAACCAAUGGUAAACAAGCACGUAACCUAAAGUUUUGAGUUUUCCACUUGACUCCUCCUAACCAAGUGUCUGUUUACCUGCUGCCCUUUUCAUUAAGCGCUUCAUGCCGACAGCUGUGCCCUGUGCCCGUGCCCCGUGCCCUUGGCCCGGCUGCACCAUUGUGGGAUUGCAGAGAUUCUGCUGCAAUGGUGCUGCUGUGAAGCGAGGCCGAGAGCGCAGUGCCUGGCUGCGGGUGAUGUCAGAGGCGCUGGCUCAGGCACAUCCCGGCCAUUUGUUCCCACAACAGCAGGGCUGCAAAAGCGUUCGGCAGCGGGAGGAGGGGGAUUGGGAUGCAAAUGGAGCGGGACUUGCCCACUUCACUAUCCUCAAUGUCCCUAUCAGAACAGUCAGCCUCUGGGAGGACAAUGGUUCUUUUUUAGGGGAACUUAGGCUUUUUUGUUGGUUGGCUUGGUUUUCCUGGCUCUUCUCUUGCUUGGUAAACAACAUCUCCGAAAGACCAGGGAGAGUUGUGAAUGCCGUAGAAACAUAUGUGUGUCUGUACGUGCCUAGGAGGGGAUGAAAAUAAUCACUUUUGAAUGUUAGGGCACAGUGCACUUUUUAAGUUGGAUUAUAUAAGCUUUAAAGUUGUGAAAUUAUUAAUCAGAUAUGUAUUUAUUAAAUCAUCUGUAUUUAACGAAUAAGAUAAACAGUUAAAAAUACCACAUUUUUUACUUCAUAGCAAAAAGAUGCUCUGGUUUAGAUGUAACAUUUUUUAUAAUUUUUGCUGUUGUAUAUGUUGGUUUGCUUUUUAUUUAAUUUAUCUUCUAACACACACUAAUUAUUGCAGUAUUCGGUAUAGAACAACUAAUUAUGGGUAAAGUCAUCAACUCUGAAUACUGGGCCUUGUUCAUUUUACUGAACUUAUUCCUGAAUGCUCUUUAUAUUUCUUCUUAGAGUUGCUGCAGUGAAAGACGUUGAGUCAUUAUGUUUAUUUGGCAUCUUACAUUUUUAACUUGAAAAGAAUAUUUGCUGCUCACAAGUUGAGAACGGGCGUUCCACUGGUGUAUGCACCAUCCCCGAGUUCUGAUGAUUUCAACAGAGAAUCUCCAAGUUACCCAUCUCCUAAGCCACCAAGCAGUAUGUUUGCUAGCACUUUCUUUAUGCAAGAUGGGACCCACAAUUCUUCUGACCUCUGGAGUUCAUCCAAUGGCAUGAGCCAGCCUGGCUAUGGUGGGAUGCUUGGAGGCUCCUCUUCCCACAUGUCCCAGUCCGGCAGUUACGGCAGCCUGCACACACACGACCGUUUGAGCUAUCCCCCACAUUCAGUCUCACCUACAGAUAUAAAUGCCAGUCUUCCUCCAAUGUCCAGCUUCCAUCGUGGCAGUACCAGCAGUUCACCUUAUGUAGCUGCCUCACACACUCCACCUGUCAAUGGAUCAGAUAAUAUUCUGGGAAACAGAGGAAAUGGUGCUGGAAGCUCACAGACAGGUGAUGCACUUGGAAAGGCAUUGGCAUCUAUUUAUUCUCCUGAUCAUACCAGCAGUAGUUUCCCAUCGAAUCCAUCAACACCAGUUGGGUCACCAUCGCCUCUUACAGGUGCCAGUCAGUGGUCGAGGAGUGGAGGACAAGCCCCCUCAUCUCCCAGCUAUGAAAACUCUCUACACUCCUUGAAAAAUCGAGUUGAACAGCAACUUCACGAGCAUUUGCAAGAUGCAAUGUCCUUCUUAAAGGAUGUCUGUGAGCAGUCCCGGAUGGAGGAUCGCUUGGACAGGCUCGAUGAUGCCAUCCAUGUGCUGCGGAACCACGCUGUGGGGCCUUCCACAAGCCUGUCAGCUGGCCAUGGAGAUAUCCAUAGUUUGUUGGGACCAUCCCACAACGGGCCGAUUGGAAGCCUGAACUCCAACUAUGGAGCAUCCAGCCUUGUAACAGCCAACAGACAAGCAUCCAUGGUUGGGACUCACCGGGAAGAAGGUGUCAGCCUCAACAGCAACCAUUCAGUUCUUCCCAGUACAGUUUCUGCUCAGAGCACAGAACUAAAUCAUAAAACACAAGACAGCUACAGAGCACUGUCGGGUGGCUUACAGAGCCAGUCUGUGGCUAUAGGUCCAACAGAAAUCAAGUCUGAACAUAAGGAGAAGGAUGAAAAUAUCCAUGAACCUCCCUCAUCAGAUGACAUGAAAUCAGAUGAUGAGUCCUCCCAGAAGGAUAUCAAGGUCUCCUCCAGAGGCAGAACAAGCAGUACUAACGAGGAUGAGGAUUUGAACCCAGAGCAGAAAAUAGAGAGAGAGAAGGAGAGGAGAAUGGCAAACAACGCCCGGGAACGUUUGCGUGUGCGAGACAUUAACGAGGCGUUCAAGGAGCUGGGCCGCAUGUGCCAGCUGCACCUGAAGAGCGAGAAGCCGCAGACGAAGCUGCUGAUCCUCCACCAGGCUGUGGCAGUGAUCCUCAGCCUGGAGCAGCAAGUGAGAGAACGAAACCUAAACCCUAAAGCAGCCUGCCUUAAGAGAAGGGAAGAAGAAAAAGUUUCUGCCGUAUCGGCAGAGCCACCAACACCACACCCAGGAAGCCACCCUGGCCUGAGUGAAACUACCAACCCUAUGGGUCAUAUGUGAACACCAGCCAGAAUUCCAGAAUUAUUGGUAGGAUACACAGAAGGUGACCUUUCUUCACAAGGACACAGACAACUAACAUUAUAUGAAGACACAAACCUGACAGGAGAAAACACUUGAAGCAAGAAACCCAAAUGCAAUCUUAUGAUCAAAGCUACUGGUCAACACCUGCAUCAGGAGUGAAGAUACAAGAUCUUCAGACAGAAUUUCAGCCCAUGAGAUACUCUGAACAUAUCAUUCUGUUGCAAGCAGUGUGUCGCUUCUGCACAAUCAGAGACUGUUGUGAUCUCUCCACUCAUUGUGGAAGUUGCCUUGUGCCUAAACUGAAUUGACAAAUGCAUUGUAACUACAAAUUUUAUUUAUUGUUAUGGAACUGUAAAGGUCUACAUAUAAAGGGAAAAGUUAACAUGUUAAAAGCUGAUAAAAUUUCAGCUGAAUGCCAGCAUUUACUAAAGCUGUUCACAUUCAGAGAACAAAGCAGUGACAACCGUCGACCCGUAGCAUUCCCAGCAUACCUAUUAGUGUCUUAAAAAAGGAAGGGAAAAGUCUUUUGUUGUCCUUUCCUCUCCUUUUGCCAUAUGACUAGUGUUUUCCAUGCAAUAGGAAACUAUUCCUUGGUAUAGCUUUUUUUAUGUUAUUUUUGAUCUCUGGUAAUCUGAACAGUUAUGGUCACAGUUCCCCUUCCACACUGAGCUCUGUGCCUCAAGCCACUCAGAGGCCUCGUGAAGGCUGCAGGCUGGAGCAAUACUGUGACCAUAACAUUUCUUGGAUUUGAAAAGUGAUUUUUAUUUUCCCUCAGACUUUCCUCAAACAUUUUUUUUUCUAAUUAUAAACAAAACCUUUUUAGGCUUCUAGGCUUCAUAGUAAAGCUUGUAACGUGAAGUGUAAAUUGGGUGGGGAGAAUCUACUUUGUUAGAGUUGCUUUGUUUUCCGAGCAGUAAGUACUACAUAUAGUACAUGUAAAGUGUUAGCUGUAUGUAAGCACAAAAUGCAUUAAAAUACAAAGGAGAUUUUUUUCAGGCUGUAACUUUGGUGAAUAGUAAAAUCCUAAAUUCACCGUGGCAGGUAGUGUGAUGAUAUAACCACCAGCGAGGUGGGCUUAUUACGUAAUGGAAUCUUAAGAGCAAUGGUCACCAGUUUUUCCUUCCUGUACACGUUAACUAUCAUGUCAUGUUGUAUGGCUUGUCAGUGGAGAAAAAAUAGUGUGAAUCAAAUGCAAAUACCCCCGUCCCAAGCCAUAUUAGCAUUAAACCUUUAAAUGUUUCUCCACCAGAAUAGUGUCCAUAAGUAUUCCUUUGUCACAGAUGUGUUGAAAUGGUUAAAAUCCCUUUGAACUUCCAUGGAAACUGUCUUCCACUGCAAUGACCAUGGGAGGAAAUUUCCUAAGCCAAGGUUGUCUGAGCUAUUGUUUAUGUAGUGCAUCUUUCAUCACUGGCAAUUGGUUCACACACAAAACAGGAACAAAACUAUAGUUUUUAUGAAGUCAUUUAAUUUGAAAGAACAAAAGAUGGAUUGAUAAAAUAAACUAAUGAAUUUAAGCUCAUGUUCUGGAUGGUUCCUAACAAAACAGUUUGUGGAAUUAGUGGACUCAUUUCUAUUACUUUAAUUUGCAUAUAUCAUCGAAUAACACCUGAUUAUAUCUGUGGCCUUGUUCUUCAUUUCAGUGUUUAUCAGCUAAACGGAAUUUGUUGCUUAUGACGUGUGAAAGUGAUCACGUGCCACUGCCUGGCCUUUUUCCUUCUAAGCUUGUUGUCUUUUUGGCUAUAUUAGACUUUGCAGUAUGCCCAGAAGCUUUCCUUCAUAAAAUAGAAAGAAAAAAACAUUUGGCUUAUUUUUCACUGUAGCUAGUCUUUUAUACAAUAAUCUUGUAAGAAAAUUUCUUGAAUUCUAAAUAUUACUCUUUCUAGAUUUUUGAAAUCAAAAAAAGUUUUCAGUAAAAAGUUUCUUACUUUAUUUUACUAUAUUAGGUAGUAAAAAUGUAGGGUUAUUUACCAUAACCUGUUCAUUAAUAUCAGAAAUUUACAAUAGCAUUGUAAGACCAUAGUAGGGUUCUAGCAUACCGUGUAGUACCUAUGGAGUAUUGUAAGAGCUAAUUGUCCGAGAUGAAUUGCUUCUCAUCUUGUUCUCCAGUUUCCAUUGUUGGUUUAUUGCAGAUUUGUACCCUGUGUCAAAUUUCAAGGUAUUGCUGAUAAACCUUUCCAACCAGCAGCAAGAAGUUCAAAAAAUUUCUGUCAAUGUAACAGAAAACACUAUGUAUAUAACAUUUAUGUAGCAAUAAAUGUGCCAUCUUUUUUUAACAUGGUAAA